AUGGCGGUGAAAACGGAUAUGAACAAGGCUUACAACAGGUUGGAAUGGAAUUUUUUACUUCGGGUGUUGCGAGCAAAUGGAUUUAAUUCUAGAGUUUGCGGGCUUAUUAUGAAGUGUGUUUCGACAGUUAGCUAUUCCAUCCUGCUUAAUGGUGCACCGUUGGCUCCCUUCAAUCCUAAACGUGGUCUCCGGCAAGGGGAUCCCUUAUCUCCGUUCCUAUUUAUUCUCUGCAGCAAGGUUCUUUCUAAGCUAAUUUCCAAGGCGGAGGGUAAUGGGAAUCUGGUGGGGGUUAAAGUUGCUCGAAGGAGUACAUCGGUUUCUCACAUCUUUUAUGCUGACGACUCCAUGUUCUUCUGCCAAGCUAAUGAACGUAAUGCGAGGACUCUCCUGAACUGCCUCCAAAAGUAUGAGAAGUGGUCUGGCCAAAGUGUAAGUAAAGCAAAAAGUGGUGUGUUUUUUUCCCCAAACACUAGUGCCCGAUGUAAGGAGGACAUUACGAACCUGCUGGGAAUGGGGUGGCUUAAACAAUCGGAGAAGUACUUGGGAAACCCAUUCUUCUUUUCGGCUAACAAGAGGAAGGAUUAUCACUUUUUGAAGGAGAAGAUUCUUGGGCAUUUGGAGGGCUGGAAAGCUAGGCAUUUGUCUCAGGCGGGCAGAACUGUUCUGGAAAUGGAUAAACCGUGGGUGAAGGUUAUGUUGGAGAAAUACUGCCACAAUUCCAACCCUUGGAUAGUGGAGAAACAGAGUAGGGACUCUUGGUCCUGGAAGAGUAUUCUAGAUACGAGAAAGGUGUGUCUUGACAAUGCUGGUAUUCUAAUUGCGGAUGGAGAUAGCGAAAUUUGGGACAGGCCGUGGAUUCCGGAAGUGGAUUUGCAGGCUAUAAAGGACAGUUUUCACUAUGUUAACAACCAAGCUCUAUGGAAGUUUAGAGACUUGUUCACUGAGAAUUCUUGCUGCUGGAAUGUGAAUCUGAUUAGGAAAUGUUUUGAUGACCACAUUGCCUCUGAAAUUCUGAAAAUUCACCCUAUUCAAGAAGGGAGGGACAUUGUAUUCUGGAAGGCUGCUAAGUCGGGAAAUUUCAGUGUUAAAAGUGCUUAUUGGGCUGGCCAGCAAGAUUCAUCCAAGGCUGAGACUAUUCUGUUGGAGACUUUUCUCCAACAUGCUUUCAACGGGGGAAAAUUUAGCUUUUGGAGUUAUGACCCUUAUCUCUGCCCCUUCUGCUUGUCUGCUGCUGAAAAUGGCCUGCAUUUGUUCUGCCAGUGCCCUGUUACUAGGGGAAUCUGGUUUUUGAGAGGGAUAAGCCUUGAUUGUUUCGGGUGGACUAACUUGGAGGAGUUCGGGAGAUGGUGGAGAAAUUUAAAGGAUUCUGAGAUCCAAACCUUCAUUGCCUGCACCUGUGAUACUGUGUGGAAGUGGAGAAAUGAGAUGGUAUUCAAGGAAAAACCUUUGAAUGUUAACUUACUUAUAAGAGAUUGCUUGGAUAGGUGCAACAGAUUUUUGAGAAUAUGGAACAACUGUGAGGAUCCUGAGGCAAGGGAGAGUUCCUUGGAUAUCCCUGAGGAACCCCCGGACGACCACUGGCGUUGCUCCGUGGAUGCUUCUGUGGCUGGUGGCAGGGCAGGGUUUGCUGUCUUCCAUAGACAACAGGAGUUGGAGAAGUCCUGGUUGGCAGUGGGAGUUGGGAAUGUCGAGGGUGUCCUUGAAGGUGAACUAAGGGCCAUUGAGCUGGCCUUAGAGUCUGGUUUGAAGCACCAGGUGGUGAAAAUCUGGGUUGAAACCGAUUCGAAGGUUGCUGCUCUAGCUUUUAAAAAUGCCAGGAUUCCUUAUGGGUGGAGAGUCUUCCCCUUGUUUUCUAAGUGUAUGAACCUUUGUGAGCGUUUUGAGUCUGUGAUUGUCACUUAUGUGCCUAGGACUUCUAAUGUGCAUGCGGAUUCCCUUGCUAGAUGGGCUAGAGAAUCUAAUUGCGCUGUGUCGGGUUUGCUAAGGGAAGUGGCCCCCUGUUGUGGUCACUAG